UUCAAUUUGUUGAUUAUCCCAGCAAAGCAAAGCUUCAAAGAGACAGAGAUAUGGAAGAACCGAGUAAAGGGUUUGUGAGGGCGGACAUGUUAGAAGACAUAAAGAGGAUAGACGAGCAACUUCAGAGGCAUCUAAACCGAGUAUGGGCCAUGCAGAACCUUGACAAAGAAAACAAAGUGAGUAUCACCCAAAAACAAGACUGGGAAAUUGAUUCCACCAAGCUUAUCAUAAAACAAGUGAUUGCUCAUGGUUCCUUUGGUACCGUCCAUAGAGGCCUCUACGAUGGCCAAGAUGUCGCCGUUAAAGUCUUGGACUGGGAAGAAGGACAAAGAACAGAAGCUGAAAUAGCAUUGCUUAGGACUGCUUUUAGACAAGAGGUUUCUGUUUGGCAUAAGCUUGAUCAUCCUAAUAUUGCUAAGUUCAUAGGAGCUACAUUGGGUACAUCAGGCUUAAAAUUCCAAACGCAUAACAAGAGAGUUGACAUGCAAAAUACUGCUGGUUGUAUUAUUAUUGAGUAUUUUCCUUGUGGUACUCUAAAAUCUUACCUGUUAAAGAACCGGGAAAGGAAGUUGGCUUUCAAAAAUGUCGUACGAAUUGCACUGGAUCUUGCAAAAGGGUUGAGUUACCUUCAUUCUCGGAAGAUUGUUCACAGAGAUGUAAAGACAGAAAACUUGCUUCUUGACAAGAAUCUUACUCUAAAGAUAAUAGACUUUGGUGUCUCACGUCUUGAAGCUUCAAAUCCUAUUGACAUGACUGGCAGUACAGGGACCCUUGGCUAUAUGGCUCCUGAGGUACUUGAAAAUAAACCAUAUAACAGAAAAUGUGACGUGUACAGUUUCGGAAUUUGCUUGUGGGAGAUAUAUUGUUGUGAUAUGCCAUAUCCUAACCUUAAAUUCUCAGAUCUGACUUCGUCUGUUGUUUAUCUGAGCAUGAGGCCAGACAUACCAAGCUGUUGCCCAAGUUCUCUAGCAGAAAUUAUUACACGAUGUUGGCAUUCAAACCCCAACAAAAGACCAGAGAUGAAAGAGGUAGUAACUAUGUUAAAAGCCAUUGACACUUCAAAAGGCAAAGGGAUGACACCUUUGUAUGAAUCACAGGGUUGUUUAUUCUUCUGCUGCCAGUGAGGACCUUCAAUUUGUACUUAUCUAGGGAGCAGAAAAGCUUGUAAUAUAACAAACAUAUUCAAUUUGUAUAGAAUACUUUCAGUAUUUCUUUGUUA